CCCUUUUUUUUUUUUUUUUUCCUUAGUACCUACCUACCAAAUGCCAAAACAUAACCACAAAAAAAAAACCAAACCCACCAAACACCAAAUGAAAAUAAUAAAAUAAAAGGGUCAAAAAAAAAAAAAAAAAAAAAAAGGUUCAAGUUGGAGGAGAAGGAGAGGAGGGGUGCGUUUGGGGUAGGUGAGUGCUUGCCUCCUUUAUAUAUAUGCUAAUCGCUUUGAGUCAGAGUCUUGACCAACCACUGCGCCCACCAACUUCUUCUUUCUCAUUUUCAUCUUCAAAUUUUGCUGUAACACCCAACCUCAAUAAUGGCGUCGUCUCUCUCAUCGAACCCCUUUUUGGGCGCUUCGCGUAUGGAAGGAUUCUCUGCUUUGGGAUCUCUUUCCUCUGAUCUUCGAAGCCUUUCUUUGUCUCCUUCUCUUCAGUUCCCCACUGCUUCAUCUACCUCAAAGAAGCUCCAAGUAAAGGCAGCUGGGAAUAGUUUUGGAACUCAUUUUCGUGUUACAACUUAUGGAGAAUCUCAUGGCGGAGGUGUUGGUUGCGUAGUUGAUGGAGUGCCUCCUAGACGCCCUCUCUCAGAAGCUGAUUUGCAAGGGGACCUAGAUAGAAGGAGACCAGGUCAGAGUCGAAUUACUACUCCUAGGAAGGAGACUGACACAUGCAAAAUACUUUCUGGGGUGUAUGAAGGAAAAACAACUGGAACCCCAAUUCAUAUAUUUGUACCCAAUACUGAUCAAAGAGGACAUGAUUACACUGAGAUGUCAAUAGCUUAUAGACCCUCCCAUGCAGAUGCAACCUACGAUAUGAAGUAUGGUAUUAGAGCUGUGCAGGGUGGUGGUAGGUCAUCGGCAAGAGAAACAAUUGGAAGAGUUGCUGCUGGAGCAAUUGCCAAGAAAAUUCUCAAGGAAUUUUCAGGAACUGAGGUUUUUGCUUAUGUUUCACAAGUACACAAUGUUGAGCUUCCGCUGGGGUUGGUUGAUCAUGAGGCCUUGACACUUGAUCAGAUAGAAAGCAACAUCGUGCGGUGCCCUAAUCCUGAAUAUGCAGAAAAGAUGAUUGCUGCCAUAGAUACUAUCCGGGUGAGAGGGGAUUCCAUUGGCGGCGUUGUUACAUGUGUUGUGAAGAAUUGUCCACGUGGGCUUGGUUCACCAGUUUUUGAUAAACUUGAAGCCGAGUUUGCUAAAGCUCUCAUGUCCUUACCUGCAACAAAGGGCUUUGAAAUUGGAAGUGGUUUUGCAGGCACUCUUUUGACUGGAAGUGAACAUAAUGAUGAGUUCUAUCUUGAUGAAGAAAAUAGAAUCAGGACAAGGACAAAUCGCUCUGGUGGGAUACAGGGAGGAUUGUCAAAUGGAGAAAUUAUACAAAUGAGAAUUGCUUUCAAGCCAACUGCUACAAUUGGGAAGAAGCAGCAUACAGUGACUAGAGAUAAAAUUGAGACAGAUUUAAUCACCCGUGGUCGCCAUGAUCCUUGUGUUGUUCCUCGAGCUGUGCCAAUGGUAGAGGCCAUGGUAGCUUUGGUACUUGUGGACCAGUUGAUGGCACAACAUGCACAAUGCAAUUUAUUUCCUCUAAAUGAAGAACUACAGGAGCCCCUCAAGUUGCCCAACCUCGUGGAAUCUGAUGAAGCCGCUCUAUCCAUGUAAAAGUAUGCCGAUGCCUUUUCCGAAACAAACAAGUGAAAAAAAAUUCAUGGUGCACCUGCCAACACAAAAUGGAGUUCAAUUUUGGCUCUUGUUUUGUCUGUGCUUGUCUAAUGAGUGAUUAGUUUUGAUUAAUGUUGUAUGUUAUACAUUCUUCUUAUUAUUAUUUUUUUUAUCUUUUUGAGUGAAAUGAUUUAACAAUUUUUUCUACUUGAUGUAAUAAGCUAUGUGUUGUGAUUAAUAAAUUGGUCAUAAGUAGUAGCAGCA